AUCCUCUUCCACAGAAGACCAAAACGAAGUCGUUUUGAGCACGAAGCCACCGUAUAUAGCUCAAGUUCUCAACCCAACCUCCUCUAGUCUCAGCUGCCCGUGUUUCCCAGCUUCAAGGUCUCAACUUUACCCAGGUAUGCUGCCAGUAUUGAAUGUGAAUUGACAUCUGCUCUCUUCAAACAUGUCAUUAUCACGGGUUUGUAGAAGAGCCGUUCCCCUGUUCAAGAGCGCACAGCAUUUACCUCUUGAGUCCAGAUGCAUACCCAAUUAUAAUUUAAAUGGCGGCAGUACUGUAUACCAGAGGCAUUUUGGGCAUGGUAAUAGGUGGCGCCCCAAGUUAGGCUCAUUUAACAAAUGUGGUCCGCAUCAACCCUCUGCUGCUCAAUCUCUGUUGAGAAUCCAGCGACUCUAUUCUACUCAGGCUUCCACACAAGAGAAAUCACGCAAGAUGCUAGUGUACCUUACGGGUUUGGUUUUUGCAAUGGUUGCAGCCAGUUAUGCAGCAGUUCCUCUCUACAGAAGAUUCUGCCAAGCUACUGGGUAUGGUGGCACUAUCCAACGCCGUGAGAGUGUUGAACAGAAGAUUGCCCGACAUGCUAAGGAUGGCACGGUCACCACAAGAGAGAUUGUGGUGCAAUUCAAUGCUGAUGUGGCCGAUGGAAUGCAAUGGAAGUUCACUCCUACCCAAAGAGAGGUAAGGGUCAAACCUGGUGAAAGUGCACUUGCUUUUUAUACCGCUGAAAAUCGAAGUUCAACUCCAAUAGUUGGUGUCUCUACGUACAAUGUUACCCCAAUGAAGGCUGCAGUUUACUUCAAUAAAAUACAGUGCUUUUGCUUUGAGGAGCAGCGCCUUCUUCCUGGGGAGCAGAUUGAUAUGCCUGUGUUCUUUUAUAUCGACCCUGAGUUUGAAACAGAUCCAAGAAUGGAUGGUAUCAAUAACAUAAUUUUGUCCUAUACCUUUUUCAAGGUUUCGGAGGAAUAAAGUUUCUUAACUACCUUCAUACUAUUGUGAAGAUGAUUCUCAUAAGAUUGUUGUUAGCAACUGAACAUACAGCAUCAAGCAAGAAAGAGGGCAAUAGAUAUACAUUAUACAUAAA